GGAGGAGAGGGAAYGACAGGGAUGUGACAGGRCYGGGCCCCUGGGCCAGGGCAUGUCCCCAGCAGGAAGCGCUUCCUGUCCCCGCUCUGCCCCGACAGGGCUGCUCCUGCUCCUGCUUUCACCCCGCAGAGCUCCCGGCACGGGCGAGGAUGGAGCCAGCCAAGCUCCCACUCAUCAAGAGGAUGGCUCCUGCUCCCCCAGUUCCGGCCAAGACCAAACCUGCCCCCGUGCUGGCCACCAAGCCCACUGACCCUCAGCCCAGCACCUCGGCUGACACGGAGAGGAGCAGAGCCAGUGAYCCAGAUGCUGAAGGCUUCAACACCGUGUCGGUGACCACAGCCAGGCUGAGCCACCCCACAGCCACACGGCCACGGGUACCCGGCCAGCGGCCACCCAGCGUUGUCCUGGGGAGCACGGGGGGUCCCUGUGGGGAGGAGCAGCCCCGGGGGCUUCCCUGUGCUGGGGUCUGUGCCCCAAUCCCACCAUGGAGCACGGAAGGGCUGGAGGGGUCAGAGGGGUCAGAGGGGAAGCCGCUGGCCCUGGAGGAUCUGAAGGCUGAGGUCCGGACCYUGCACAUCCUCGUGGACCUGAUGCGAGUCCAGCACCUGCGGGAUCUGCAGGAGCUGCGGCAGGAGCUGUGCCAGGAGCGGACCCAGCGCCAGGCACUGCAGGUGAGUCCCUGGCAGGGGUUGCCCCAUCCCGGGGUCCCCCCUGUGCCCCCCAACACUCACAGCCUCUCCCCACAGGCAGAGAUCGAGCGGGUGAAGAAAGGGCUGCCCUAUUAGCAUUGUGGGGCUGUGGUGCCCACCCCGGGGCACGGGGCAUGCGG